GUGUGUGUCUUUUUUAAUGACUUGUCCACUUUGUUGAAGACAAACGUAAAGUUAAAUGUUCGUUGUCGGUUUUCAGCUCGCGUCUGUUUACGUUAAGUGACUGGCGAUGUGCGCGAGCUCAGAGUAGUGCCCGGCCGGGUUAGCAUCAGCCUCAUAGCCGGCGUGCGGACUCGUUCUUCGGACUAUGGGGCUCUGCCGCUCACCGCAAAUAAAGCGUCGUAUGAUUAAUUAUGAAUUAUUUUACAUGCAGAUGGUCGGUGAUGUGUUUUUCUAACGAUAGGUCGCGUUAAAUGUGGUUAUGAGCCGUAAAACUGAGGUGUAUGUUUGAAUGAACGCUAGCUAGUGAGCUCUGUAGUUGACGACCCUGUAGCAAACUUAGUGUUGUUAGCGCGACGCACAGUUUUAAUCACCGCGCUAACUAACAACAGUCGGUUAACUCGCUGGUGGAGAUAUUAGUCAUUCACUUAAAUUGUCAUUAUUUAGCUGUAACAGUAACAUUGUGCACUGUGUUACUGUAAACUCAAGCUGUCAAAUUAGCUUGAACAGAUAUGUGCAGAGUUCCAUCGUGUCACCACCAAGGAGCUAUUGGGGACUUUCAGAUCAGCCUCAGAUGAGUACAUUGGUCAAGAAAUGGAAACACUCCAUGACAAGCUUCAUCACCUACAAAUCACACUGAUCGCUUGAGUUCAAUUUAAACGUUUAUUGGAAUUUACAAAUCCGUGGUUCAGACUCCAAUUAACACCACUGAUGUAAAGAUACAGUGUUGGUCACUUCUCUGACAAGUAGUUUUCUUUUUUCAGACAUCUGACAUUGGAGUACACAGAAGGAACACAUCCCUGCAAGGUCUACCCCUGUUUCUCACAACAUGCUUGGUUUUGCCUUAUUUGUAUUUGACACGGCCACAAUCUUGUUGCUGUUGUUACAGUUGUAUCGCACUGCACAAUGACAUGUUUACAAAAUGGUGACCACUGACCUGCUGACCAGAGGAGGUCAAGACAUCGCGUUCUCAGACUACUCUCCUCUCUGGAAGUUGCACCGUCGCCUCGUCCACAACUCCUUCACGCUGUUUGGAGAAGGAAGCAGUCGCCUGCAGGACAUCGUUCUGUCCUCCGUGGACAGUCUGUGCGUGGAGCUGUUGUCCGGCGGGGGGCGUGGCUUCGACCCGUCUCCCGCGAUCACCCGGGCGAUCACCAACGUCGUGUGCACGCUGGUGUUCAGCGCCACCUAUCGCCACGGCGACGCAGAGCUGCAGGAGGUGCUGCGGUACAACGACGGCAUCGUGCAGACGAUCGCCAGAGGAGGACUGGUCGACAUUUACCCGUGGAUGAAGGUUUUUCCUAACAAGUCUCUCAGUAAACUGAAGGACUGUAUCAGUGUCAGAGAUCGACUGCUGACUCGCAAACUGGACGAACACAAGGCUACACUGAGUGACGGCGACCCCCGUGACCUUUUGGAUGCCUUGCUAAAGGGCCAGACAAGCAGGUCGUCCGGCUCAGAGGACGAGCAGAUAACGGACGACCACGUCCUCAUGACGGCGGCCGAGGCGUUUGGAGCCGGAGUGGAGACGACAUCCACCACGCUGCUGUGGAUCCUGGCUUAUCUGCUGCACCACCCCGAGGUGCAGCGUCGAGCACAGAAGGAGCUGGACGAGAACGUCGGCGCCGAGCGGGCGGUGAAUGUGUCGGACCGCGGUCGGCUGCCAUAUCUGGACUGUGUCAUCAACGAGGGGAUGAGGAUCCGACCGGUCAGUCCUGUCCUCAUCCCCCACACGGCCAUGACCCACAGCAGUAUUGGCGGUCACUCUGUUCCCUGUGGGACUCGAGUGUUGGUCAACAUGUGGUCGAUUCAUCACGACCCUCAACACUGGGACAAACCUGACCUUUUCAACCCAGAUCGUUUCCUUGACGACCAGGGUCAACGAGUCACACCCACCUGCUUUCUGCCCUUUGGGGCGGGGCCUCGGGUCUGCGUCGGUGAAUCACUGGCCAGGCUGGAGCUCUUCCUCUUUUUGGCAUCGCUGCUCCAGCGAAUGAGCUUCAGUCAGCCAGACGGGGUUUCCCCGCCCAACCUGCAGGGGCGACUUGGCGUGGUCCUGCAGCCGUUACCGUAUCAGGUCGCUGUCGCACCGAGGCCGGGUUGGGAGGGCGGGGCAAAGUGAAAACAAACCAAAAAAUGUUGUUGUCAAAAUUUUGUGUAGUAAUAACAUCCUGAUUAAAUUAUGAUUACAUUAAAAAAUAUACAAAUAAUAGCAAAGAAAUUAUAAACCUGCUUUAAAUAAAGCUUUUGAAUAUGAAUUUGUUUUAUUUAAUAAAUGUUAGUUAAGGUUAGGUGCCAAUGUUAGCUGUGUAAAAAGUAUUAGCAAUGGUAAUAUGAUCUAACAUUUCAUAGCUUUUGAGAAUAUUGGACUAUUUUUUUGGUACAAUUUUUUUUUUGUUUAACAUAAAACCAUCCAAUAAACCAAGCUGAUACAAAGAGGCGUGGCCUGUUUGUCCAAGAUGGCAAUACCGGAUCACAUGACAUGGAUGCUACAACUAAACCUGUCACUUAAACCAAAUUUAUCGUAGAGGAUUUAUCUCUGAUUUUGAGUCUUUGAUUUAUCGCAAAAAUCUGGCAAAUAUGGCCAUUAAGUAGUUUUAAUGUAAGAUAACAUGUCUAAGCAGAAUGAUUUAAAAGCUAAUUUGGCUAAUGAUACUUAUGAUUCAGUGUAAACAUUUCACAUAAAGAGUUAUUUGGCAACGCUAACAUUUAAUAGCUUUUGAAAAUAUUGGUGAUUUUUAUUUGUUCAAAAUAAAUCCAUCCAAUAAUCCGAGCCGAUACAAAGAGGUGUGGCCUGUUAGUCCAAGGUCGCACUACUGGAUCACAUGACAUGGACGCUACAACUAAACCAUGAAGUUCGCAUUGACUCUCAUCUUUGACUUCGUACGUAAUCUCACAGUGCCAAAAAACAUUUAAUAAAAUUGUCUUUUAUUUUAAGUGACAAAUUUUUAUCGUACAUGAACAAAUUUGAUUUUGGGUCUUUGAUUUAUUGUAAAAAUCUAGCAAAAAAAUAGCCGUUAAGCGAUUCUUAUGUUGGCUAACAGCAUAAGCAUGCUGUGCAAACUCAUUUGAAAGCCUCAACGAUGUAAAGUAAAAAAAAAAAAAAAACCUAAUUAAGUUUUAUUAAACCAAUCUUUUGUGUUUGGAUUAAUAAUUAUUGAUGGAUUGUCUGAUCGUGUGCGUUUGGACAAAUGGAGACAGACGUGAUGGAUUUGACAGUUUUAUUCAGUUUAUCUUCACACACUGUUAGAACAGGCUGGUUUAGUUAGGUCAAACACACACACACACACACUUACUAGUAAUUAGACAAUACUAAUAAUUCGCAUUAUUAUCAUCAAUAUAUGACGACAGGGUUUUUAAACGCCGAUCUCUUCUCUGCUGCCUUCGACAACUCGGACAGAAACCUCAUGCAGAAAAGGACAGAAGAGAAGAGAUGAGGGACAGGGGGCGGGGCUAAAGUAGUUUCAUCAAUCACCACAGGGGGAGCUGUUUCCGAUAUAAAUGUCAAUGAAAGAGAAAAAAUUCGGCCAUAAAAACACAUUUUUGGAGUCUAAAACCUUUACUGGUUUCAAGUUUCAGGUUUGGCUAAGUUUUACGCUAAUUGGAAAUUUUGCAGUUUUUAUGCUUUUACAGAAGCUAAAAAACUUCCAAACAAGUCUUGAACUUUUACUUUGAAAGUGACCUGAGGACACAUCCAAGCUUUUCAAACUAAAAGUAGUAACUUAAAGACAAAUCCGGCCCCUGUACUUGAAUCCAGUCAGCGUGAACCUCUGAGAGGACUAUUUUUGUUCACCCAAAUUAGACGAGGAAAAACUCAACAAAAAAAAUAAAAAAGACAAACCAGGUUUUCAAAAACUUCGCUCGGCCCUAACACCAGCCUCACACACGCCAAACCGUUUAAAGAUUUCUGUCCCUGAAUGUGUCACAGUGCCAGGUGAGUGUUGACGUCCCGUGUGUCUGGAUCUUCAGUGGGAAUCAAACCCUCAACCCUGGGAACGUCGUCCAUUACACUACAUGGAGGUAAACAAAUGCCAGAACUUUCCUCUAGCUUAAGCUUUGUAGCUUCAAAUUUGAGAUCGCAGGAGGUUCUGGUGAAAUAACCAACCUUUUUAUCCCCACUCAUGUCAGUGGUUGACUACAUUUCCCAUGAUGCCUCUUUAGAACAGAGAGUUACCUCCUGCCAUUAGCCAAAAUCUGAAGAUAAUUCCUACUAAUUACUUAAAUCUAUGGUUGUUAGCACUCGCAGACGUCAACACUCCAGGAAUUGCGAGAUAUUCUGGAUAAAAUCCUUGUAAACAAACCGUGUUUCCUUCGGGAGGCUGAUCGGACGGUUGCAGAAGCCUUUGGGAACCUGAGCUACGAAACACAUCCCAGACAUUUCUCCAGUCAUUCCGGUCGAAAGCUCACACCCACGCAGAGCGAGAACAGCUCUAUCUAGCGCUAAGUAAUAACAGUUGUCAAGUAGAAAUGGCACUCUGUAACCAUGGAGAUAUACAGUAUAACCUUAUUAGUUCAGGUCAACAAAGGAAAACACCAUUAACCACAACAUCAACCACAAUAUCGACGGCUCGGUGUCACCCUUGAGCGUUCUCCAGGAGGUUCUCCAGGAGGUUCUCCAGGAGGUUCCUAAGCCUCUACAAACGUCUCAGUCCACAGGCGUAAACUUCGCCUCCCUUCAUUUGAAUUUUUGACCUCAGUCGCAGACAAAUCAGCGUCCCAUCAUUUCUUUGAGCUCAAGACCAGAUCCCCGUGUUUGUGAAUCUACCCACUAUUUAUUUUUUUAAGUACGAAUCCAAUCUUGCAACAAAACAUCCAGCUGUGAAUCGGUCAGAGAUUAUCGCCCUUUGUCCAAACACAGCUCCGUCCAUCGUCGUUCCACUAAGUCGUACCAAUUGUCUUUUUCUUGACAAGUCAGUGUUGUGAUGCAGCAUGGACACAGGGUUUAAGAAUCAUUCGACGUCAUUUCAAUGGAGAAGUGAUGACUCAGGUGACCCAAAACAACCGCCAGGUCAGGUGACCGCUGCGCAGUUGCCAUGGUUACACGGGGACCUGAGAACAUCACGUUUCUCCUAAAUGAUAUUGCCUCAAGAUGCCGUGUCUGAACUUUCUGAAGACCCAUUCGGACUGGAUUGACCUGUGAGGGGAGGCGCUCUUUGCUAAUUUAAGAUAUUGUUUUUUUACUUCCUUCAAAUUUCACACUGAAAAGAUUGAGUUAUUUUUAACGUUAUUAUUUCCGCAGUUGUGUACCCCUUGCUGUCCUCCCCCUACUGGCAAAAAUCCAGUCUGCAUGAGAUAUUUGUCGGUACAAUCUAAGAACAUCGCUGCACGUUCUUCUCAUGUCUCCUCCAACAUCUGGUCUGGAUCAGCACACGUUUGCCAAACGCUCUAACACAUUUACACAAAAAUCUGCAAAAACAAGUGCACUUUGUGGGAGCGGGUUACAAAAAAAAAAAAAAAAAAGCAGAGUCACCGCUCGCCCUUUUGUUGAGAGUGACAACCGGGACAACAGUAUGUUAUGUCCUAUACGAAGAUUAUUACACAUGACAAUCAAAAACUAUUACAAACGUGUAACGUCGUGCCUUCAUGUUGGAAAUGACUCGUAUCUAAAAACCAGACGUGUGCGCGGUUGUUGGGUUAAAAACCUCGCGGAUCUCUUUGGCCUCAUCGACGCGUAAACACAGAAAUCUCCGCGAUACAGCAACAACAAAAACCCAGAAAUGCUGGAGUAUAUAUGCCAGGCCUGUAUGUGGCGCUGUAACACUACCACAACACUACACAAAAAGUGGUUAAGGUCUCCCAAAGAGGCGCUUCCAUGUGGAUAAAACUGGUUCUCCAGCGUGCAGGUCCUUAGAGCUGUUUUCUUUGUGAUCCAAAAGGUUGAAGAGAAGUUCCUCAUCGGUGAAUCAGUUGACCAAUAUUUUUGCCAAAUCAAAACUUAUUUGGAGUAGCGAGGUUUUCACCCAACAACGUUAACGCAUCCGUCUUACCGGCUUAUUUACACACAGGCUGCUCUCAGACAUGCAGUGAAGUCCGGAGAUUCUCGGGAGACUGUCGGGGAAAAAGUCGCUCCAGACAUUCUCUGGGAAUUCUCCUGCAAACUCCACCGGUCAGUACUCCAGAUAAUGCCCCCCCCUCCCCUCCUCCCCCCACGUGCUUCGGACAUCCUCCUGUUGUGAGUAAACGACAAACUCCGGACAAUGCACAAAAUAAAUGCGGAAUCCGUGUCUGAAAACGGCUACAGACUCUUGCUGAUGAAAAAUAUUGCUCAUCACUAAUUCACACUCUCAGUUGGUUAUAAAUACACCAUCAUGUACAAUACAAAUGUAACUAACACUCUGUCAUUGACAAAAUAUACUCUACCUUUAAGUCUUUCUGGCACAAAAUAUCAACAUUAUUGACACGCCUAUCAAUCCGACGGUGUACCAAACAUUAAUAUGUUACAACAAUGGACGGGAAAAUAAACUGGAUCGGGCGUUUGACCCUGACAGAGCUUCACUGGUUGGGUUUUUGAGUCGAUUUUUUUUUUUGUACUUUAGAAGAUGGAGGGUUCUGGAGAGCCGUCUGUGAAUCGAGAGUUGAGACGAGGACUGAAAGUGUCGUUGUGUGUUCCGGCGAUGACGUCUUUCUCGCAUGU